GUUGCAUAAUCCUCGGCAACGUAUGGGAAAACGACGAGGGUCUCGAUCCCUCGAACCAAACGGGGCCUUUCCUAUCUAAGUCCGCUUCACCUAAAGAAGCACGCUUUAUACCUGAUGGGGAUUCUAUGAUCCCGGCUGGGGUCUACUAUCUCCACUACCCAGGCUAUAAGAAAAGUCAGAUCCUCUCAUCUACUUAUGACGUUACCAUGCGCCGCUAAUCCUUAUCUAUAGGGAAGCCAUAUCCUAUUGUGCCUCACUUUGAUCAUUGGAAAUUUCCCGACAAGCUACCAAAAUCUUGGGAAAAAUUGCGUACUAUUGAUCCCGCAACGAGUAAAUCUACAUCUACUACCAGCAGCGAAUCCGGCGAUGACGAAGCAACUACCUCGGCGUACGACUCGGAACGUCUGCCAUGUCCUAUCACAGGUCAAGUCACCGUCCUCGAAGCUAGUCAUAUCCUCCCGCCCACAACAAAAUCGUUCAUCAGACGCAAUAAUAUGCACAGAUACCUGACUUCCCCCAAGAGCGCGGCUACGCAUCUCGAUCCUGGUAACAAUAUUUUCAUUCGUAAAGAUGUGCACGAUCUUUGGGAUUCAAACGCUAUCGUCUUCGUUUCUAAACCCUGCAGUGACAACAGCGACCAGUCGCGUCUAUUCUGUCACGUAUUAACACCCCCAGGGAAAUCUGCGGAUUCCGAUAUGGAAAUUCAUUCGUUGUACCAUAACAUUCCCAUGAUACCGAUCCAUAAUCCUAUCGAACUGCUCUUCGCCCGGUUCGCUUGGUCCUUGUUUACCAAUACCACCCUCGCACUUUUCAAGGACGAUGACGGCAAGACCAAAUAUUCUGUUCUCCUUCACGAUGUGGAGAAGGAUAAAAUGGUCGAAAAGAUGCUCCCGGCUAGUUCCCUUCCUCGAUUAUCUGUCAAAGCUACAGGCGUUGCGACGAAAGACGUCGCCGGUGAGAAGCACAGUCUUGAGGACUCGGCAAAUGUCGAAGCGGAGCCUUCGGACACGGGCGACGUCGCCGAUAGCCUCGACAACGUUAGCAGCGAAGGCGAUAGUAGCGACGGCGAUCGCAGCGGCAGCCCCGAUAUUGGCGACCUUGGCCUUAACGAUGUGGAUACCGGCGACCUUAUUUACUCGGUCCGAACGGGACAAAUGGAACGUUAUGAUAACGGCGCCGAGUCUGACGAUUGCAGCCUCAGUUCACAUUGUUCACACUCUUCACGUGACCCCUUCAGUGACCUUUCGGACGACUCAGAACCCCCUCGGAAGAAGUCUCGGUCAUCUUAAAUCCAACUCCGGCGAAGAAUCUCUUUCUAGCGAAGAUCGAUCGGUAUCAAAGUGGAGCUUGGUCCGUUCAAAUAAGUUUUUAAUGUAGCACCGUAAACUAGAGUUAAUUAACCAAUCAUAAAAAAUAUUUGAUGUUGGUAAAUGAUGUUGGCUCUAUUUUAGGCAGUGUAAACAGGAUUCCUUGGCAGAUUCUAGGUAGGUUUGCUAAGCCUUUUUUGACAAUAGGCCUCCCAGAGUCCCGGUCGA